AGGCGGCGUCUGUCGCUCCUUUUGUCUUUCCGUGGGAUGAGAACUGUCAUGGCGCCUUCAAAAAGUGGGAGCAGCCCUUCCCUGAGUUGAGGAGGACCAUCGAGGGACCACCUGAACCAGCGGUGCGGCGGACACAGACGAGUCCCACCGGGGAAGGAAAAACCCAAACCUCGCGCGGUGCCCGCCCGACCAGCCGUGGGGGAGGAGACGCGCUCGCGGGGCAGCCCUGCGAACUGCCGUCCAGCGGGCCCCGCCCCCCGCCGCCGCCUCGGCCAAUGGCAGCCGGACGGCGCCGCGGCCCCGCCCAUCUGUUGGUCGGGACGCCGCGAGGGCGGGGCCCGCAGUUCGGUUGCGCUGUGGAGCGCAGCUGGGAGGGAGUCGCCGCGAUCUGGGGCCCCGGAGCCCGAGCUGGAGCUGAGGCGCAGGUUGCGGGGCGCGGAGUCGGGCGUGCAGGCCUGCGUAUUCAUGCCAGCAUGUCGGAAGGGGAGUCUCAGACGGUGCUCAGCAGUGGCUCAGACCCUAAAGUAGAAUCCUCAUCUUCUGCUCCUGGCCUGACGUCAGUGUCACCUCCCGUGACCUCCACCACCUCAGCUGCUUCCCCUGAAGAAGAAGAAGAAAGUGAAGAUGAGUCUGAGAUCUUGGAGGAGUCCCCCUGUGGGCGCUGGCAGAAGAGGCGCGAAGAGGUAAAUCAGCGGAAUGUUCCAGGUAUUGACAGUGCAUACCUGGCUAUGGAUACAGAGGAGGGUGUCGAGGUUGUGUGGAAUGAGGUGCAGUUUUCUGAGCGCAAGAACUACAAGUUACAGGAGGAAAAGGUCCGUGCUGUGUUUGAUAAUCUGAUUCAGUUGGAACAUCUCAACAUUGUUAAGUUUCACAAGUAUUGGGCUGACGUAAAAGAGAACAAGGCUAGGGUUAUUUUUAUCACAGAAUACAUGUCAUCGGGGAGUCUUAAACAAUUUCUGAAGAAGACCAAAAAGAACCACAAGACUAUGAAUGAGAAGGCUUGGAAGCGCUGGUGCACACAAAUCCUCUCUGCCCUCAGCUACCUGCACUCCUGUGACCCCCCCAUCAUCCAUGGGAACCUGACCUGUGACACCAUCUUCAUCCAGCACAACGGACUCAUCAAGAUUGGCUCUGUGGCUCCUGACACCAUCAACAAUCACGUGAAGACCUGUCGGGAAGAGCAGAAGAACCUACACUUCUUUGCGCCUGAGUAUGGAGAAGUCACCAAUGUGACGACAGCUGUGGACAUCUACUCUUUUGGCAUGUGUGCACUGGAGAUGGCAGUGCUGGAGAUUCAGGGCAAUGGGGAGUCCUCCUACGUGCCACAGGAAGCUAUCAGCAGUGCCAUCCAGCUUCUAGAAGACCCAUUACAGAGGGAGUUUAUUCAGAAGUGCCUGCAGCCUGAGCCCGCUCGCAGACCAACAGCCAGAGAACUUCUGUUCCACCCAGCGCUGUUUGAAGUGCCCUCCCUUAAACUCCUCGCUGCCCACUGCAUCGUUGGACACCAGCACAUGAUCCCAGAGAAUGCUUUGGAGGAGAUCACCAAAAACAUGGACACCAGUGCUGUCCUGGCUGAAAUCCCCGCGGGACCAGGAAGAGAGCCAGUUCAGACGUUGUACUCUCAGUCUCCGGCUCUGGAAUUAGAUAAAUUCCUUGAAGAUGUCAGGAAUGGGAUCUACCCUCUGACGGCCUUUGGACUGCCUCGGCCACAGCAGCCGCAGCAGGAGGAGGUGACAUCUCCUGUUGUGCCCCCCUCUGUGAAGACGCCAACACCUGAGCCCGCUGAGGUGGAGACCCGCAAGGUGGUGCUGAUGCAGUGCAACAUUGAGUCUGUGGAGGAGGGAGUCAAGCACCAUCUGACGCUUCUGCUGAAGCUGGAGGACAAACUGAACCGGCACCUGAGCUGUGACCUGAUGCCAAAUGAGAACAUCCCGGAGCUGGCGGCGGAGCUGGUGCAGCUGGGCUUCAUCAGUGAGGCUGACCAGAGCCGGCUGACUUCUUUGCUGGAGGAGACCCUGAACAAGUUCAACUUUGCCAGGAACAGUACCCUCAACUCCGCCGCUGUCACGGUCUCCUCCUAGAGCUGCCUCGGGCCAGGUCCCUCUGCUGCGCUGUGGCUGUCUUGGACUGCUGCAGUCCUCCUGCCCCUCCCCCCAGUCAGUAUUACCCUUGAAGUCCCUUCUCUCCUUCACUAUUCAGGAGGGCUUUGGGGGCUCCCUGGUCCUGAGCAUCAUCCUGCCCCUCGCCCCCUCUUCCUCCCCUCUGCACUUUGUUUACGUGUUUUGCACAGACAUGGGCCUGGGCCUUCUCAGCAGCCGCCUUCUAGCUGUGAGCCAGGAGCUGCCCUGCCAGCCCCUGCCUAGCCUGUGUGGACAGGAGGCCCACGGUCACGAGGGGGGGGCUGACUUCUACAAUCCCACUGCGGAAGAUGGGCGGGCGGGAGAGUGAGGUGGUGCUGCAGGGGUGGCCCUGGGGGGGCCAUUCGAUUUGCCUCAGUUGCUGCUGUAAUAAAAGUCUACUUUUUGCUA